AUGGAUAACUGUAAUUCGAAGAACGAAUUAGAAGGUGAUUCUGAUGUAAAAAUUGAAUUUUGCGAUGCAGAUUCUUUGGAAGAGAAUUCUGAAUCUGCAAGCCAGUAUUACGACUCUGAGUCUUGCGAUAGCCCGUCUGGUAAUGAAAAUUCGUCUCUUCAACGCAGACGAUAUGGGGAUGAUGCAUAUGAAAGUGAUGGCACUUUUGUCGAGCGUAGAUAUGGAAACCGUUCUCGAGAUCCGCAAGCUGAGAGACCUUAUUCCUGUCACCUAUGUCCUAGUGCCUUUAGUAUCAAAAGCAGACUUUUGACACAUAUAAAAAUCCAUACAGGUGAUAAGCGUUAUAAAUGUGAGGUAUGUGAUAAAAGAUUUGUCCAGUUGGGCCAGUUGAAGAAUCACAAAGUUACCCACACAAAUGAAAGACCUUUUGUAUGUGUUACAUGUGGUGCAUCAUUCAAAGACAAAAAUUGUUGGAGCAGGCAUCAGCGAAUGCAUUCAGGUUUUAAACCUCUAACAUGUGAUGAAUGUAAAAAGUGUUUUAGAGAUAAAACUGCAUUAGAGAAUCAUAAACGAAUUCACACAGGGGAAAAGCCAUUUAAGUGUGAUAUAUGUAAUAAAAAAUUUAUGUCUAGGAGUUCUCUUAAUUAUCAUUAUAAGUACACUGAGAAAAUGAUUUAUGAAUGUAAUGUAUGCUCUGUUUCAUUUAGUGGUAGAAAAUCUCUGUUGGAUCAUGAAAAGACCCAUGUGAAAAAAUCAUUUUUGUGUGAUGCUUGCAAUAUAACUUUCUCAGAGUAUUCCGAAUUUGAAAAACAUAAAUUAAUUCAUACGACUAAUGAAAUUCAUGUUUGUGAUAUAUGCAAUAAGUCAUUCAUGAGUGAGUCUAGUUUGGAGGUUCAUUUAAAAAUGCAUACUAAGGAAAAACCACACAAGUGUAAAAUUUGUCAGAAACAAUUCGCUUUCACUAAAACACUCUUGAAGCAUUACUUGGUUCACGAUGAUGAACAACGUUUUAAAUGUAAACUGUGUCCCAAAACCUUUAAAGAGAGUUCUGCCUUGGAGAAACACAUACAGCUUCAUAAAGAAAAACGAUAUGCAUGCGAGAUGUGUGAGAAAUCAUUUGCUCGGAAAGGUUUCCUAAAUAUGCAUAUGCGUGUGCAUAGUAUUGACAAUCCAUAUGUUUGUGAUAAAUGUCAUAAAAAGUUUGCUUGUAAAAGUGCUUUAGAACAGCAUGUGUUGGUUCAUACCGGUGAAAAACCUUAUGCAUGUGACAUUUGUCCCAAAAGAUACAAGAGAAAAUCUCUUCUUCGAAAGCAUUCUCGUAUUCAUGAAGGUGAAAACAUUCAAUACAAAGUUGAGGAAUAA